GUGCUUCAGUUGUAGACCAGUCGUGAUCUCAUUUGGACGUGUGUUCCUUGUUCAAAAAUUGUUUUGCGUGUCUUUUGUGGACACUGAAUUUGAAAAAUUCAAAAUAAAAAAAAAUUGAUCUGAGACGAAGAAAAAAACUCUUGUCGUGUUUAUGUUCCACAAAAAAGAUUCUUAUAAUCCAUCUCGAGAUCCGAUCAAGAGACGAGCGAGUUUAUAAAAAAAAAUGUGCCAGUGAAAACCUAAUCAAGGAUACAAGGAUAAUCCUUUAAAACCAUAGUGAAGUGACACAAAAAGAUACUUCCAAUUCAAACUCGGAUUCCUAAACAAAACAAAAAAGAUAAUUUUCCUUGAUAUAAUUCAUUUGUGUGUCUUUAAGUGUUUUGUGGAUUUUGUGGAUUCUAUUUAAAAAAAAAUUAUUUUUUUUAUUAUUUUUUCAAUUGAAAAAUCCAAACAUAUAUGAUAAAAUUAUCAGGAAUGACUGUGACUGGUGUACGUACAACAAUGACGAGCCCGACGGUUCCCCCAACAUCGCAUCAUCAACAUCAAAUGCACAAAUCUAGCUCGCGAUUGAGUAACUUUAGUGUGGCAUCUCUGUUGGCCGACACAAGGCCACGGAGUCCCACCGAACCUAUUGAUAUGAUGCUGCCUACAAAUCUUUCCUCCUCAACUUUAAAUGCCGCCAGCGCUACCGUCGCUGUUACAACAGCAACAACAACAUCGCCACAUUCAGCAGCGUCGACAACGUCAAUAUCACCUCCAGCGCCACAUCAUCCGCCAAUGUUAUUGCAUCCGCACCAUUUGCAACAUAUUGCCGCCAUGCACCAACAACACCUCCAAAAUUGCAAUAAUAACAAUAAUAACAGCAAUAAUAACAAUAACUCAUCAAAUCACCUGCCCAACAUCAAUAUCCUCAGCAAUCAUCAUCAUCAGCAUCAUAAUAAUAAUUCAUCAUCAUCGCCAGUUUCAUCGCUGCAUCAUCAACAGGAGAGCAAUCACAGUAGUCUGACGACGACGACGACGAUAAUGACAAAAAAUGAACGUCAUACGCCCCACAGUUCGGCCGAAUCGGAAGUUGAUUAUGAUUCGAAUCAGGAAGAAGAAGAUAUUGAUAUUGAAGAUAUGAAUAAUGAUAGUAGAUCAACGCCGGGCUUAGAUAGUAGUAAAUCGCCUGAAAUGCCCAAUUCGAUGCAAUCUUCACCGCAUAUUCUAUCUCCUUCGGCGGCAGCAUUAGCGGCGGGACAUGUACCAAUUCGACCGACACCGACAUUUAGUGCGUUAGCGGCAGCUUGGGGUGGAAUUGUUGGCGGUGUUCCAUGGCCGGGUGCGAGACAAAUGCCACCGUUUGGACCGCCUGGAUUAUUUCCUGGACAAAGUUUUGGACCUGGUGGAGAAAACAACGAACCACCAAGAAUCAAAUGCAAUCUGCGCAAGCACAAACCAAAUCGUAAACCCCGUACACCAUUCACAACGCAACAAUUACUAUCACUCGAAAAGAAAUUCCGUGAAAAACAAUAUUUAAGCAUUGCUGAACGUGCUGAAUUCUCCUCAUCAUUAAGGCUGACUGAAACACAGGUGAAAAUCUGGUUUCAAAAUCGACGUGCCAAGGCGAAACGCCUCCAAGAAGCUGAAAUUGAAAAAAUCAAAAUGGCCGCGUUGGGACGUGGUGCUCCUGGCGCUCAACUUUAUAUGGGUUAUUUUCAUCCAAAUUUAAUGCAUUUAGGAUAGAGUUAACCAUAAUAAAAAAAAAAUUUUGAUUAUCAAAAAAAACAUCAUCAUAAAAAAUAAUCCAAAAGAGAAAAAAAUGUACCCCUCAACCCCCAAAAUUGCUGUGAUGCUAGAGCAUUUUGUAAAUAAAAAAAAAAAAUAAAAGAUUAAAA